GAUAUUUGUUAUCACACCGAAGUCGGAUUGUCUAAAAGACGUAUUAUAAAUUUACGACUUUUUAUUAAAUUAAAUAUUAAUAAACGAAGACCUAGACUUGGUAAGGAUUAAAUUAUAAAGAAUAAAGUAUAAGAUAAUAGUAAAUUCACAAUAUCUCCAUAGUUAACAUACGUGCUAUGUGAUGUCCGGUUUAAAUCAUGUACAAAGAGUUCGAUUAUUGUACAAAACUAUUUUAAGGCUACACCGUGGCUUACCUAAUGAAUUACAAGAAUUAGGUCAAACAUAUGUCCGUGAUGAAUUUCGCAGGCAUAAAAAUUGUAACCCUAAAGAAGCCAGAACAUUCAUGCUGGAAUGGAGUAAAUACACAUUGACAUUAUCAGAGCAACUGUUGAAAAAUGCUAAAUCAGAUAUUGGUUUUGGUAAACAUAUUGCUGCACAGGAUGGUGUAUUAGAAUCUUUCACAGAUGAUCAAAUUGUACAACUGUAUAAUUUAUUUAAAGAAACAACUGGAACUCGGGAUCAAACUAUUGAAUCUGAGCUUUCAAAAUAAUUUUACUUGACAAUUAAUAUUGUGCCUAUAGAAUUAUAGAAAUAUAUAUAAUUUAUAUAUGUUACUACUUACCAUGUAAUUUGCUAGUUGAUUUAAAUUUAAUAUUGUUGCUACAUGUAAUUUUUUAAUCUGUUGAAUUUUUAAAUUAUACACAUCAAUAUAUCAUGAUUUUAAUAUGUAUGUUAUAAACUAAAUUUAUUUACCUUAUUUAAAUACUAAAAAACCUCAUAAUGUAUUUUAAAUAUUAUCUAAAUAUAAAACUAUAAAAAUUAAAAAAUAUUAAUUAUUAAAAACAUUCUAAUGUAAAUAUUCUUUCUCGUAUAAAAAUAUUUUUAAUCAUCAAAAAGUACUUUAUAAAAUUGAUGAUUCAAUUACAUCAAAUGAUUUUAAUUGUUUUCCAUUUGUUAAAUUACCAAAAUUAAGCAUUUUGAUGUGUAAUAAAGAACGUUUUAGUUAUACGCUGAUGCAUUGUAAAAAAUAAAUAUAUAAAUAUAUUAUAUGAAACAUUAA